CAGUGAGAUGAGUUUUCAGUGAAACAGUGUCUAGGUACAAGCUGGUGUUGAUCACCAGCUCAGGUAGCUAUCUCCUGGUCACUGGCCUGGGAUGGUACGUUGUCUCCUUCCUCGUACAAGCUACAACUUUCUGAGAAACCUGAGACUUUGGUCAUUCCCUCCAGGUAAACAUCUCUGCUUUAGCCUCAGUCCUUCUUCAUACAAGUUACGGGAUUCUGAAGAACCUACGACCUGGUCAUGUAUUCCUUGUUUCACCAAACCCAAGAAGUACACUGAAUAGUGUUUUCUAAGAUUCCCAAGCCCACACUGCCAAGAUUUUUCACAAGGUCGUCAAUAAUAGAGAGGAUAUCAAAGUAUCUCAGUUUGUGACAAUACCCCAUAAAGUCUGUGAUAUAGAAGAUCCAUAAAAGUUUUUAUUAUGUUCUUUUCAAAGAGUUAACAAUCGUCUUCACAACAGGUGUAACAUUAACAGAAAAAUGUAUAUUUUCUUUGAGGAAUCAUUAAAGCAAUCGGAUUUAUGCAGAUCACAAACCAGUGUUGUUAUUUGAGAACCUUCCCGUAGAAGCUGUAGCAAAAUCGUAUACAAAAGUUAUCUAUAUCGAGAAAAAUUACUGAGCCUAGCAUGGCGGAACUGGUGACCUCUAAAAAAGUGGUAGAAGAGGCCUCCACAAGCCGUGAAGGAACAAUACACAGCUUCACGGCAGGAUAUGCCUCCACAAGCCGUGAAGGAACGAUUCACAGCUUCACAGUGGGCACGGAGGCCAAGGGUAUGACUGAAACAUCACAACCACAGCUGUACAGCGACAUAACGCUGAAGAGGCUGGAUCAAGUAACCAGUAGCUUCAUCACAGACCCCAGCAUCAACACCAUCACUCAAGAACCCAGCCAUAAGUAUGGCAGUGGAAGGAGGUCAAGCACAGAGAAGGGCAACGUGGUGGUGGUGCAGCAAGCAUGCAAGUCCUAUGGCUCUGGAUCCAAGAAAGUGGCUGUCUUGGAGAGUCUAGACAUGCGGGUUGCCCAAGGAACUAUUUAUGGACUGCUGGGCCCCAGCGGGUGUGGCAAGACCACACUGUUAGGAUGCUUGGUGAACCGCCUUAAACUAGACAAGGGAGAGAUCUUCAUCUAUGGGUAUCCCCCUGGCUCUCCUGCAGCUGCAGUCCCUGGCCACCGUGUUGGAUACAUGCCUCAGGAGCUAGCACUGUACCAGGAGUUCACCAUUGUAGAGACGUUGAGGUACUUUGGUAUGAUCCAUCAGAUGGGCUCAAAGAGGAUUUCGGAGAGAACCAAGUUUCUGGUGACCUUCCUUGACCUCCCAGACCCCACCAGGCUUGUCAGUCAGCUCAGUGGAGGACAGCAGAGGAGAGUGAGCUUUGCUGCUGCCUUACUACAUGAGCCAGACCUUCUAAUUCUUGAUGAACCCACUGUCGGUGUUGACCCCCUCUUGAGGAGCAAUAUCUGGGAGCAUCUCCUAAACAUAUGUCAGCAUGGUAAUACAACCAUCAUCAUUACAACUCACUACAUUGAGGAGGCCAGACAGGCAGACAGAGUGGGGCUGAUGCGAGCAGGUAGAUUGCUGGCGGAGACAUCUCCUUCCAGCCUUCUCCAUCACUUUGGCAUUCCAUCUCUUGAGGAUAUCUUUCUUAAGCUCUGCCUCCAAGAUGGUGAUGAAGAUAAUCUCCAUCUUGGCAAGCAUAACAAGGGAUUUGUGGAAGAGGAUGUACUGACACACAAAGUCACCUCAGCGUCACUGCCAGCAGCCCGAGGCACGACUUCUGCCCUGAAGAGAGAGAUAAACCCGAGCACCGGUCUGUUCACCUUCAGAGAUUCUGAGGAUACUGCCAUCUUAAUGGUCCCCUGGGUGCAGACAUCGAAGUAUGAGCAGAUGUUUUCCAGUGAUCGCUUCUCUGCCCUCCUCAUGAAGAACUUCAUCCGUCUUUGGAGGAAUAUUGGGUUCUUGCUGUUCUCCUUUCUGAUGCCACCACUGCAGACAAUACUGUUCUGCCUGACAGUGGGAGGGACACCCUACAAUCUACCUAUGGCUGUUGUUAACUAUGAUGUUGGUUAUCAUUUCUUAUCUUGGUCUUUCAACUUCUCUUCCAUCUACAUUAAUGAACUCAACAGUAAAACUAUUGACAAGAAAUUCUACAAUGACUUUCAAGAUGGCUAUGAAGCAGUGAUAGAUGGAGAGGCCUGGGGCCUCAUCUUCUUCAAUGAAUCCUUCACCAAGGGAAUCUUGGCCUUCUACCUCGAUGACAAUAAUAUACCCUUUGUCAAGCCAGAGGAUAAGGAACAGAGCAAGAUCAAUGUUUAUAUGGAUAACACUAACACUGAGAUUUCAGCAACUUUGGAUUCAGAGCUGUUAAAAUCCCUUGACAGAUUCAUAAUAGAUCUGAUUGAGUUUCCUGAACACUGGCUUAAUAUCACCAUUGAUGUCAGUAAAUUGUCCAUCCCACUGAAGUUCAAUGAAGCAGUGUACGGUACCACUGGCGCCUCCUUCACAGAGUUCAUGGCUCCAGGUGUUAUCCUCACGAUUACCUACUUCAUGGCUGUGGGGCUGACAGCUCUCUCCUUCAUCACUGAGCGCAAGGAAGGACUCUUGGACCGAUCCUGGGUGUCUGGUGUACAGUCAAGUGAGGUAAUGUUGGCCCACCUGAUGACUCAGAUGUUUGUGAUGCUGGUGCAGAUUGGACUCAUCCUGGUGUUUAUGUUUCCGGUGUUUAAGCUACCAUGUCAGGGAAACAUGGUUUGGGUUGUCCUCAUCUCUAUACUCCAGGGCUUCUGUGGCAUGACUUUCGGGUUGAUGACGUCGGCAGUCUCCAACGAUGAGAACACAGCAAUCAUGAUGGCGCUAGGCAUCUUCUAUCCACUACUGCUACUCUCAGGAAUAAUUUGGCCUGUGCAGGGUAUCCCCAUUGUUCUCAGAUAUGUGUCAUACAUUCUGCCCCAGACAUAUGCGUGCGAGGCCAUCCGAGCUAUCCUCUACAAGGGGUGGGAUAUUACACAUCCCACAGUCUAUACUGGCUAUAUUAUCACUGUCAUCUGGCUCUUAAUCCAUCUGAUCUUCACCCUCAUCGCUAUUAGGAUCAGGAAGUAAACCGGGAAACUUCCUUGAAGCAACUGUAAAUGCCAGAAGCAAAGCGAAGGAAAAUUUUCAUUGUAAAGCAAAGAUGGACAAAGAUCAAAGUAAGUUAUAUAGUGAAUGUGAAAUUUUAUAAAAAUGACAGUUAUUAUUAGUGAUACCAAACAUUGCUUCAGACAUGUUGUGCUAACACUUUUUAGAGAUAAAAUAUUUAAAAGAGCAAAUUAUUAUUGUAAUUUUAAAAUUCAUGGGAAAGGUCAUACAAUGCCUGGGGAAUAGGAGUGGUGGGAAGAAUUAACUUUAUUUUUAAAACAACAUUUGAAUCCCUAUGCCUAAAAUUACCUUCAUAACUUUCAUAUAGUAUUGCCUCAAUGAAUUUUCAUUAUUUUUAUAAUGAAAACAAAUGAUAAAUCUGUAUUGAUUGAAAAGGCAUAGCAUGAAAGGGAUUGGAAGCUUAGGGUUACUGGGGUUGAGGGUUAGUACAGGUGCAUCAUUAAAAUCAUAGUCGGUGCAGUAGAUUAGUUUCUGUUAGAAAGUCAAAGAGAAAAUCUGUGAAGGUGGGAUUUUCAAUAAGGAAGGCAGCUAGUGAGCAUUUCAAAGGGAUGAAAAUGUUAGAAGUGUAAUAUGUGAUGUCUGAUAUAGGUCAGUUUGUUAAUAUAUGGUGAACUGAUGUUGCAACUUGGCAGUCCUUGCAGAGAGGUGCUAAUCAUCUCUCCAUGAAGUGUCUGUGGGCAAGGUAUGUGGGUUCAAUUCAUAAUUGUGAAAGCAUACUUUCCCAUACCCUACAGCUAUAGAAAGGUGGCCAGGAACUCAACUGCAGGUGAGCAGAAAACAGUUUGUUCUUUAAUUCAGACCAAUGUUAGUGCCAGUGUUGUCAAAGUCCAGAAAAUGCCUGAAAAUAGUCUGAAAAAAGGGACCUCUCUGUGGAAGAUAGAUAGGUCAUGAUUAAGAGACCAAGUGGUUGAGUCUAUAUGUUUGUUACCCUGAGUGUUAAAUCUGCCUAGGGACCUAGUAAUAACCUACUUUGUUUUUGCUAGAAAUGUGAUAUAACACUUCUGUAUAUACAGAACGAUGGGAUGUGGGGAGUCUAAUUUUUAGACAGCU